AUGACUACACGUGAUUACAAAAGUGACUGCAUAAUCUUUGAUGAUAGUUAUGAAGGAUAUUCAGCGAAGAAUUUCACUCUACCAGAAAUAUAUGAAAAACAUAUUUCAACCAUUUUGGUUCCAAGUGGAAUGAUUGAGAAUCGUGUGGAAAGAAUGUCUAUUGAUAUAUUGAGUGAUUAUGAGAAAUCUGGUGUACAAUCUGUCUACGUGAUUUGUAUAUUGAAAGGAGGUUUCAAAUUUACUUCUGACAUGUGGAAAUCAUUACAAAAGUAUUCAUUCAACCGUGAAAAUUACAUAAAAGUUAGCAUCGACUUCGUCGCUACAAGUACAUACGUUGAUGAUUCAGUAGGUCAUGAUACCAAAAUCACUCCGUGUACAAAUAUGGAGAAGUUCAGAGAUAAGGAUGUACUCAUUGUGGAAGAUAUGGUUGACACGGGCACAAGUUUAAACGAACUGGAGAGAUUUGUGAAGAAAUACGAACCGAAGUCUGUUCGUUCAGCAUGUUUACUAGUCAAAAGAAUAGCCGAAUUUCCUGGAUAUUACCCAACCUGUUACCAUAAAACCGUCCCAUUUAUUUAUUUUAAACCAUGUGCAAACCAUUCUACUAAUCCAGAAUAUGCAAAUGCAACCGAGCCUUACGAAGUAUUCAGAUCCCGUUUCGUGAAUGCAUUUGAUGAUCCAAAAAUUGACGGUUGGGGGACUAGGGCAUGGAUGCAGAAACUUCAUCUAGAAGACGCUGUUCCUCCGCCAGAAGUGGUGAUUAGUGGCCUUAAGGCUUGUAAACGCAUCAACGACAUCGCUCUGGCCAUAAGGUUUAUUGAAGCUGUGAAGAUGCUCGUACAAAAUUGUCAUCUUUUCUUAAAUCACGACUCUGAGAAAUGCAAUGUAUUGUGGGACUGGCUGCCUUCUAUCAAGCAUUCUCGAAUAAUGACUGCCUCAGUCAUGGUGGUGGUUCGCUUUGAAGUACUUAUCUGUUAACGUUUAAGUAGGGAGGUUUAAUGACUGGAUGGGUAACAUUCAAGAUCACUGACAUUUUAAGUUUUCUGCAGAACUUGCUUCAAAACUCAACUUCUAUAUAUACAGCGCGGAUUUUCUGUACUAAAGGCCAUUUGUAAAGGUGAUACUAUUAAUCUAAGGCUAAAAGUAAUCACUUACUCGCUUCGUUUUAAUACAUCACGGAAUUCAUUCAAUCUUGCAUCAUCUGUUGUCAUCCAUGGUAAAUGUUCAAUUUGAUCUAAUAAACUGACUAAACUGUCAAACAUGAUUUUUAGUUCUUUAGGUAACUGUUGACCUGUUUGAUUCUGUAAACGAUCUAAUUCACCUAGAAAAUAUAAUUAAAAAAAGGAUAAUUUAUGAUUUUGAUGUAAUUGUGGUGUAUGCUACUUAUGUCGAUAGACAUAAGUAUUAUGUAAUACUAAUCAGAA